AUGUCGCGGUUCUUACUUGUAUUAUUGACUGCUCUAUUACUUGCUGUUGCUGUCAUUUCUACCGAUGCUGCGACGCAGUCGUAUGUACUUCAACGCCGUGUGGAUGCAACUGGAAGUUGGGAGCCUGUCUCUACAUUCACAAUUUCCCGCAACGGAGACUCCACCCCCAAACUAAAACAAAAACAACCCAACAAAGAGGUGGAAUUAUCCAAAGAAAAUAAAAACGCCUUUGCAAAGGCUGCCUUUGUAUACUACCGUCUUAUUCGCGAAGAGGAUACGGAAGGUAAACAUGCCGUUUCCGUUGCCCUCACCCCCUGCUCUAUUCUCCGCGGGUUUGAGGCUGUAGACUCUCGCACGAUUGUCCUGCGGGAGUUGUUGGGCAUUGCGGUUGGCGCCGGCACUUCUGCGGUUGGGCUGCAGACCACAAGUGAGACCAACGCCUUUCACGCCAAACUGGUGGACGGGGAUGAGUGUGAUCGCAGCAUCCUCGCCCUCUUCCCGCAGGUGCGGCUGGAGACCCGCGUGGGCCUAGUGGAGCCGGUGGCCCCGCAGAGUCUGCCAGACUACACGGAACUCGAGCGAUUGAUGAAUAAAGCGGAGGGGAAAUCCCCACGCAAUCGUCAACGCAAGCGCAAAACUGAUGCGGCAUCUGCAGAGACAUCAUCAUUGUACGGUGAGCAAUCAUCACAACACCAACAACAGGGAGAAGAAGAGGAAGAAGAAGUGACAGAGGAUAACCGUUCGUUUCUCCAGAAAUACUGGCUUUAUCUAGUCUUACCAUUUGUGUUUAGCGUUAUUCAGGGUCUUAUGGCGAAGAAAUAG